AUGUGUGCCGUGAUGAUGCAGUCGGUGGAUGUGGUGUGGUCCGAGAGAGAAGCUGGUGGAAUGUUCUCCGUGGCUGUGGAGCAGGGACGGUCCGCGGGCAUGUUGCGGUUGUUGGUGGUGUGUUCCGCACACCCGGGCGCUGACUGGAGCACUGGAGGUCGAUGUGGUGGUCGAUGUGCUCGCUCGGAUUGUAGCAGCAGCGGGGUCGGCGUGUGCGGCGUGUGCGGCCUGGGCCAGGUAGACGCGCCUCUCUCUGGCUCCAAUGACCCCGACCAGGUAAUCGCUUCAUCCUUCCCAGAUACCGGUGACACCGCGGCACUCGCAGGAAGAGCAGAAGGAUGGAGGUGA